AUGGCAGAUCCAAGUUGGGCAGAGCCGCGUUGGGCAAGGCAGAGUGGGACAGAGCUGACUUGGGCAAGGCAGAGUGGAGCAAGACGUGGUGAGCCGAGUGCGGCAAGGCCAAUCGCGGCAGAACAGAAUGGGGCAGAGCUGACUGAGGAAGAGCUGAGUGAGACAGAGCGGACUUGGGCAAGGCAGUCUGCUCCGGAGCCGAGUUGGGCAAUGCAGAGUGGAGCCAAACCGAGUAGAGCCGAGCUUAGUGGGAUAGAGCUGACUUUGACGAGGCAGAGUGGAGCAACGUCGAGUGAGGCGGAGCCGAGUGGGGGAGAGCUGAGCGGGACAGAGCCCAGUGCGACAGAGCCCAGUGCGACAGAGCUGACUUGGGCAAGGCAGAGUGGGACCGAGCUGACUUGGGCAAGGCAGAGUGGAGCUAGACGUGGUGAGCCGAGUGCGGCAAGGCCAAGCGCGGCAGAACAGAAUGGGGCAGAGCUGACUGAGGAAGAGCUGAGUGAGACAGAGCGGACUUGGGCAAGGCAGUCUGCUCCGGAGCCCAGUUGGGCAAUGCGGAGUGGAGCCAAACCGAGUAGAGCCGAGCUUAGUGGGAUAGAGCUGACUUUGACGAGGCAGAGUGGAGCAACGUCGAGUGAGGCGGAGCCGAGUGGGAGAGAGCUGAGCGGGACAGAGCCGAGUGGGGGAGAGUUGAGCGGGACAGAGCCCAGUGCGACAGAGCCCAGUGCGACAGAGCUGACUUGGGCAAGGCAGACUGCUCCGGAGCCGAGUUGGGCAAGGCAGAGUGCAGCAGGGCAGACUGAGGCAGAAUCUAUUGUAAUAGAGCUGACUUCGACAAGGCCGAGUGGGGCAGAACCGAGUGGAGGAGAGCGGAAGUCGCGGUGGGUGUCUUUGUGGCGGAGGCGGUCUCGGAGUUUGGGAGUGUCGCAACAGGUAGUGUCGGAACAGGAGGUGGAAGAAGGGAUUCCAUUGCUGGAACGGGGAGCAUUUGACUGGUUCCAGGAGUUGCACGGAUUGAUAUUCUUCCGAAGUGACUUGGACGUGGGGGCGGAGGUGAUUCCUCACGUUGAGAGGAUUGUGUAUAGGGACUUGACGAAGCGUCUGCACGACUCGGGUUUGGACGACUCCGAACCGGCGGCGUGCGAGGAGUUACUGCGAGAGGUUUUCGGGCCACAUGCCAGCCAGCGUGUCAUGGCCACCGUGCCCACGGAACAGGCUUCACUUUACUACAUAGGCGCAAUGCGGUCAGACGAAAUCAGCAAGUUCUUGCGCUAUGCGCCCAACCAUUGGCGUCCCCUCUUUGAGCGUCAGGUCGCCUUUGAACCAUACACAUACAUCGACUGGCAAAUGAUAGCACUCGGCUUCUCCUUCGGCAGUGUCCUUAUGGCCUUCCUCCUGUAUGAAAUCCCCCACUCACACGGAAGGCACCGACGUGGGCUCAGCUCCCUCGCCAACCACACUACAAUGCAGCCACAACCACUCACGCAAGCACUCACUUCAAUCCACCAAUCACCACUAGUCCUCGACGCGCCGCACGUCCACUUGGCCCCGGAGCUUACUUUGAAGUCGAACCUUACCUCGGCCUUCGGACUUACCGCUGGCUCUUCACUCCGACGGGUAAUCCGGUCGCUGAAGGAUUCGAUAACUUCGUUACUUACCAAUUCCUCUAUGGAAACCGCGCAUUCGACCGUUGGUAACUACGGCCACAAUGUCACAGAGUUUGUUACUGCUAACAUCUGGAAUGACACCGAGACCAUCCAGUCGCAUACAUACCCAGACACGGAGCGGCUGACCUCGGGCAACACUACUGUUGGUUACUACAUCUCGAAUGCCACGGAGCCUGCUACCACAAAUUUCUGGAACACCACCGCACGCACGGACAACACGACCCUCGUGGAUGACACGACCCUCGUGGAUGACACGGCCCUCGUGGAUGACACGACCCUCGUGGAUGACACGACCCUCGUGGAUGACACGACCCAGAAGAGGUGCAGAACAUUGGAAGGAUGCACCAGUUGA